AUGAGAUUUAAUACUGAUUUAUUCCCAUUUUAUCCUCACACCUCCUUAAUAGUAACUUCUAAUUCCCUGUACACCAGGAAAGGGCAGAAUCAGUCUUUUCAUAUCCCCAUACCCAAAGACAAUGACACAUUGUACAUUUGUUGCAACGUCAUAUUCUUUUUGCUGUUCAAAAGCGGUUACUACCAACCAAACUUGAUAACUUGGGUUUCUUACCUGCAACAAACAACAGAAACACAGAGAGGAGCUAGAGAGAAACAAGGGACUUUAGAUCAUAACAAGAAGAUCAAAAAUCUCUUUCAGAUUGUCAAAUUCAUCGGUACAGAAACUCAAAGUAAUGCAACUAAGAUGAAACCCAAUCAAGAUGGAUCUUCUUCCUCUUCUUCUAAACAAAAAUCUGUUGCCACCAUAACAAAAUCCGAGACAAGUGAGAUACCAACAUCAAGCUCAUCUAAAAUUAAAUCCACUACUACAACUACUGUGAAGGUGAAACCAAGGAAAGUUUAUAGUUUGCCUGGUCAAAAGCAUGAUCCACCAGAAGAGAGAGAACCUUUACGGAUAUUCUACGAGUCGUUAUUCGAACAGAUACCUUCAAGCAACAUGGCAGAGUUUUGGAUGAUGGAGCAUGGACUAUUAUCUCCAGAGCGAGCUAAGCGGGCAUAUGAGAAAAAGCAAAAAAUCAAGCAACAACAGAAAACGGGAACUCCCAUCAAAUCUCAGUCGGUGCCUUCAGAUAGAGCAGAAAGCUCCUCGCAACGACAACAAGGCAAGAAAAGAAUUGCCAGCGGAAGUGAUGAUGACGAGGAAUUCACAGGGAAGAACAAGAAAGGAAAAGGGUAAUAACCAAAUAAUUUUUUUCCCCUUCAGAACACUGUAAACCCAUCUCAUUUGAGCAUGUUAGCAAAACAAAGUCGGGCUUACAUUCCUACUUAGUGCAGCUGAUCAAAUGUCGAAGGCGCGGAUACUUAGAUAGGCCUAGCCAAUAAAGGGAAAAUAUAACAAUGUGAUAGGCAUUGGUUGUUCCCUACACUCUUUCUAUUUCCUGUUUCAUGUUAAGUUAUCAUCAAAUAAAAGCUGGGAAGAAGAAAUAAUCAAAGCAGUUCUAUACA